AUGCAGCGGGCGCGGCCCGCGCUGCCGCUACCGCUGCUGCUGCUGCUGCUCGCGGGAGCCCUGCCCGGGGCAGCGGCUCCCAAGGACCCCGUCGACGAGUGUCAUCAGCAGCUGCCGCUGGCCCGGAGCGCCGCGUCCUGGAUCGUGGGUGGCCACGAGGCCCCAGAGGGAGCGUGGCCAGGGGUAGUGAGCCUGCAGGUGCUGCGUGGUGGUGUCCGGUUCAUGCACCUGUGCGGAGGUGUGCUGCUGAGCCGCAAAGCCGUGCUCACCGCCGGCCACUGCGUGGACGGCCGGACGGAUCCGUGUUCUUGGCGAGCCGUCCUGGGCGUGCACAACCUUCAGAAGCACGGCGCGUACACAGCAAGGAGGAGGAUCAGGAGGAUCAUGGUGCACUCGCAGUUCAAGAGGGAAACCUUAGAGAACGACGUGGCGAUGUUCGAGCUGAAAUCAGCGGUGCGCUACAGCCGGUCCAUCCAGCCCAUGUGCCUGCCCCCAGCUGCCCUGGUCCCGCCCCUGGAGAACAGCUCCGACUGCUACAUCAGCGGCUGGGGACGCACGGCAGAGAAGGGUAAAACCUCAUCUGUGCUAAAAGAAGCCCAAGUGGGAAUCCUCCCUCCCAGCCUGUGCAACAGCUCCCAAGGGUACGCGGGGCUCGUGGAUGACAAAGUGCUCUGCGCCGGCGCCUGGGCCGGGGGCACCGACACCUGCCAGGGUGACAGCGGGGGCCCCUUGGUGUGUUACCACCCUGACAGUGACCAGUACUACCUCAUUGGCAUCGCCAGCUUCGGGGUGGGCUGUGGCCGCCCCAGGUACCCCGGGAUCUACGUGCGCCUGUCCCAGUACAGAACGUGGAUAAAAGCAAAACUUCUGCUGAUUAACAAGACUCAGAACCCCGUGAGCACCGCACUCACCGUCCUCCUGCCUGUGGUACACACAGUGCUGGCACAGAUUUUGUAA